AUGCUCAAACCGAGACGUAAUGAUUCGGGCUCAACAACGGAAUCUGUUAACAUAUCACCAUCAAACAGUCCUAGAAUCUCCCUCCAAAAUGCUAUUUCGGAACCCGUAACAUCAGUUUCUACCGAAAACAAAACUGAAAAUUCAACAAUUAUCGAUAAACCACUACCUCCAGAUCCACCGAUAAAAACAGCCCAAAAUGAAGAGGAAGAACUUCCUAUUCCUCCCGAGUUUAUAGACCAUUAUGCAGACGUCAAAGUAAAAUGGCAAAAAAUGGAUGAUGAACCCCUUAUAUAUAGAGAUAAAUUUAUAGCCAUUACCAAGACUUAUUUAUAUAUUUUUAAUUAUUAUAUUCCUGACGGAAGAGACAAAGCUAUUCCUAUGACUAGUAUUAAAAAUGUUCAAACUGAUGAAGAAGCAAAAAUAUCUGAUUUAGCCCAUCAAAAAUGGGGAGCUGGUUCAAUAGAUCUUUGGUGGGCAAAGGAUUUCGGAAGGUGGAAAGGUCAUGAUUUAUGUAUUAUUGUUACUGUUGACCAUGGGUUAGUUAAGAGAAAAGGAUUUACUUUAGAAAACAUUGAAGGUUUAUAUUUAUUGAAAAAAGCUUGGAAAACUGCAAAGGACAAAAUGUUGCAAAAAUUAUUUCGCACAAAACCUACGAAUAAAGAUGUAGAAGACUCGAAUACUCGAGCAUUAUUGGAGGCUGACUCCUGGUCACCGCCUUCCUUCAAUUCCAACCAAAUUCGCGUCAUUUUAUGUCAGGAUACGGGUGACAAAGCAAAAUUAACGUUAUAUGAUUCGGCAAUUCCAGUAACAUCAAAUUCUUCGGAAAGACCAACCUCCGAACUUUCUUCUUCUUGGAGUGGAGUUGGCUUUUUUCUUCCAAAAUCUAGCAGUGCUAUAAAUAUUAAAUCUAAUAAUCCGGUUAAUACAACAGAUAGCGACAAUAAAAGAAAAAGUUUUGAUUCCAUUAAUAAAUCUAGUAUAAAAACUUUACCUCCUUCCAUGAAUCGUAGUAGUCAUACGCUUCUCUCGCAGAGAAAGACAGCUCAUAAUAUAGAUUUAAUUGGUGAGAUGAUGUUUGGAGCUGUUCCUUUAUCUUACAAAGGGAUGACAACCAAAAUUCAUUUUAUUAAAUCCCCAAAACCUCAAAUUUUGUUAACAAAAUUGUUCUCAAUAAGUCCUGCCGAUUUUGAAUCUAAUUCUCCCGGAAGACGUAGUUCUUUUUCUUCUAUGAGUAGUGAUACUUCUGUAUCUUCCUCUACACAAGGUAGUUUAGCUAUCAAUAAUGAAUUGCGUAAUAUUACAAGACAAAAAUUUGGAUCAAGUUCAAUAUAUUUUGACGAUCAUUCGGAAUCGAGCGAUGACGAUUCUUUUCGUUUUAUUCCUAAUUAUUCUUCUUCUCCCUCAUUUUUUCAUCCUGGACCUCCAAUCCUUGGUUUGAGAACGAAUGAUAUUUCGGUAUAUUCAACUUCUUCUCUUUCAACUUCACCGCGUAAUAAUUUCACUAAUAGAAGAAUGCGAAGAUACAGUCAGACUAGCAUGGAAAAUGGUAUAUUUAACCCAACUCCUUUGCCGGGAAGUAUUGCGCGACUUGAAUCAUUAACUAGUCGGCUGGAUCCUCUGAACAAUAGUAAUUUAAGUUUGAAGCAUCCUUCACGUUCUAUGAUGUAUGCUAUUGGAGUCGUUAUAACGUUAGAAAAUAAUGCAACGUUGGAAGAAUUUAUAUUCUCACAUUUCGCGUUACUAGAAAACAGGCUACAUCAGCUUCAUUCUACAGCUUUUAGAUUACUUUGCCACUUUCUUAAAAAAUCUUCACCAUCAUCAUCUAUUAACGGACCUAAUUCAAUAUUUAAUCCGACGAAUAGGAGAAUUUCCGUGGCAUCUCUUUCCCCAUUAAUGCUCCAAAACGAACAAAUCUGGUUAGAUGCAGUUUUGCGAUUUAAGACAUCGUUUUGCCAAUUGUAUAGUACGCCGCGAAUCCAGGAGCCAUUGUGGUUAAACAUGUCGACAUUUCCGCAACAAAGAAGUAAACUCGCUAAAAGCCUGUUGACUGAACUAACUUUUUUGUUGGAAAAUUUUGAUAAAGAAUCUAAUUCUUUCAUCUCCACGCUGAUAUCUAGCGUUUUAAUGUAUCAUCUGGCAUGGGUUUCGACAGUGGCGCCAAUUGCAGAUGUUGAAGAACGGAAUGGGAAGAAUCUAUUUUAUGAUCCAUUAUGGGCACAAUUAGGGGACUUGUAUGGUAGCAUAGGCACACCUUCGAUAAUGAGCCGGACCAUUAUUGUUGGUACAGAUGUAAACACAGUCCGUCGUAUCUUAUUUGUUUUGAGUUAUUUUAUUCGAUGUAAUGAAGUUUACGAAAGAAUGGAACAUAUGAUUUCGACAGAAAGCCAAUCUGAAGAACAGGUGGAUCCUGAAAAUAAUAAUAUUGGUUCAAAAAGUUCCUCUUCUGAAGAUACUUCCAAUUCAAAUUCAUUGGACGAGAAUAAAUCUGAUAAUCGACGGAAAAGCGUUAAUUUAGAUUUAUCAUUUGACAAUUUCACCGAUAACUUAUUGGAAGUUCCAAUGCCAAGAUCACAAACUUCAACCAUAAUACCGGACGUAUCAUCCUACGAAACACGUAAUGAAAAUGACGAACCGUCCAGUAAAAAACUCCCGUAUCGAGCAGAUGAAUUAUUUUUAAAAUCGUACGGUAGAUCACUUAUGGUCGGUUGCUGUGAUACUUACAUGUCCGAUUUUGUAUUGAUGGGCCUUCCUAAACUCGGUGAAUUUCAAGAAUCAUUGGAGAAUGCAGCCGCUAUCUUCUCAAGACCCAGUUUCAAAAUCCGUUUGCAUUUUGGGGCAGUUGAAUACAUUGCAAGCUGUGAUGCAUACGGAAGUCGACAUGUGAUUGGAAAUUCAACAGUUACGGUUGAUGGAGAUCACAUAAGAAAUGGCGCUGGAUAUUUCCUUCCGCUUCAUACAUCAAAUUACAUAUACGCAAUGUUACAUCAAUGUAAAGAUUUGUAUACAACCAUGGGAAUGCCUGCAGAAUCUUGCCUCGAGUAUAUGGAAGAUCAUCUGAGAUUAUUGUACUAUAAGGCUGUGAUGUACAAGAAAUUAUUUUCAUCCUCACUCCCUACAUCCACCGCCACAGGAACAUCUCCCUCAAUAGCAUCCCCAUCAAUUUAUAUGCCACCUUCAUCGGUUGAUCAUGUUCCGUUGGAUAUAUUGGAUGUUAUAGGUUUACAAAAAUCGGAUAUUCCUUUAGUGAAAGCCAUAAAUUCAACUUUCUAA